GAAACGUACUCUCCAAUAUGGCAUGCGUCGUGUUUUCGCCACAGCUGUAGCGCGUCAGAGCGUCCUCUCUUACUUCUCCAUGGUAUAUGUAUUCUUUAUCUAUGCCGAAGAUCUAUAUCUGUGUCUAUAUCAACAUCAACAUUGCCAAAAAAAUUGCAAAAACCUUUCUCAUAGAAAACAAGAGCUUACCACAAACAUUGCCAAUAUUGCCAUAAUAUAGGAUGACGGGAUGACUUCUGCCUUCUGUGAUCAAUAACUAGAAAAACUAGAAAUCUUAGUUUUUCGACAAAAAAUGUGGGACACCUCUUUGUUUUUAAAUACCUUAACUCCAAAAUUUUAUGUUGCAUUAACUGGAACAUCAUCACUUAUAUCUGGUUUAAUAUUAAUUUUUGAAUGGUGGUAUUUUAGAAAAUAUGGAACGUCCUUUAUUGAACAGGUUUCUAUUAACCACAUAAGUCCUUGGAUUAGUGGAGAUUACCGAGAUGAUAAUGUAAAUAAUCCUCAGUUAACACAGUCUGCAAUUCCAGAAUGUAAGGUUUGGAGAAAUCCUUUGAAUUUAUAUCGAGGUGCUGAAUAUCAAAGAUUUUAUUGGGCAACAAAUAAGGAGCCAUUAACAUAUUAUGAUAUGAAUUUAUCAGCCCAAGAUCACCAGACAUUUUUUACAUGUGAAGCAGAUGCAGGCAAGGCUGAAUAUGAAAUCAUGCAAACAGCAUGGAGAGAAAGAAAUCCACAAGUUAGGCUCAAAUCAGCACACAGUGCUCUUGAAAAAAACCCUGAUUGUGCCACAGCUUACAUCUUAUUAGCUGAAGAAGAAGCAACAACUAUUACUGAAGCAGAAAAAAUAUUAAAACAAGCUUUAAAAAUAGCCGAAGUUAACUAUAGAAGGUCUCAGCUUCUGCAACAUCAAGGGUCUCUUAUGGAGGCAGAACAUAGAAGGGACACGAAUGUUCUGAUAUACAUUAAAAGAAGACUAGCCAUGUGCGCACGUAAACUUGGCAAGUUUAAAGAGGCUGUUAAGAUGUUUAGAGAUUUAACGAAGGAAAUACCACCAAUUAUGAAUGUUUUAAACAUACAUGAAAAUCUUAUAGAAACUUUAUUAGAGAUGCAGGCAUAUGCUGAUGUUCAAGCUGUUUUGGCGAAAUAUGACGAUAUCUCAUUACCAAAAUCGGCUACAAUUUGCUACACAGCAGCACUUCUGAAAGCAAGGCUUGUCGCAGAUAAAUUUUCACCCGACAUUGCCAGUAAAAGAGGUCUGAGUAGUGCAGAGCUUCAAGCAGUAGAAACUAUACAUAGGGCAGUCGAAUUUAAUCCUCACGUUCCUAAAUAUUUGCUAGAAAUGAAGCCACUAAUAUUACCACCAGAACAUAUUCUCAAAAGAGGGGAUUCCGAAGCACUUGCGUAUACGUUUUUCCAUAUGACACACUGGAAAACAGUUGAGGGGGCUUUAAAUUUGUUACACUGUACUUGGGAAGGCACUUUUAGGAUGCUGCCUUAUCCUCUAGAAAGAGGGCAUUUAUUUUACCCAUAUCCAACAUGCACAGAAUGCGCUGACAGAGAAUUAUUACCAACGUUUCAUGAAAUAUCAGUGUAUCCAAAAAAGGAACUUCCGUUUUUUAUCAUUUUUACAGCAGGUUUAUGUUCAUUUACAGCAUUAUUAGCUCUUUUAACCCAUCAGUAUCCAGAAGUAAUGGGUUUUAUUGCCAAAUCUGUAGUGAAUUGGAUGUCACUUCCAGUUUAUUAUAUGUACGAAAAAUUUGAGAAUGUUAUCCCGCCUAACUUGUUACAACAACUUAUUAGAAUUUAGGCCACAAAUUUUACUUUUACUUUAGCUCUCUUAAUAACAUACGAAUAUUUUUCACACACUGAUGUAUUUUUUAUUAUUUCGAAGCGCAAACCUGAUUUAAACAUUAAUAUAAAAUUGAAUAUUAUAUUUUUUGGCGAAGGGUAGAAAUAGUAGGGCCCCUAUCUGAAUAGAAAAUAUAAAAAAAAUAUUAAGAAUAAACUUAUUUGUCAAGUUACUAUUUGAAUAAAAAUUAAAGGCCCCUAUUGUGCUGUCUAAA